UCUCUGCGAAUGACGUAUCACCUCGCAACAAAACACGGCCUAACUAAAAUAUUUGAUAUUGCUUUAUAAAACUGGCAGCACUGCUACCCUGGCAAUAUAACUCAUCAAUCAAACUAAAAAAAAAAACCACAUAGGCGAUAUCUAUACCAUACUGUUGCCACGACUACUAAACAAGUCUGCAGGAUGUCUAAAGAUAUUAAUCCUAAAGAAGCUAUUGUUAAGACAGCUUACGCUGAUGUUAAUAAGUUCGGUCAAAAUGGGGAAUUUGAUAAAUCCAUGAAGGCUGUCAAUCGAAUCCUCGCUGUUGCCCCAGACGAUCACACAGCUCUUCACUGCAAAAUUAUUUGCUUAAUACAGUUAACAAAAUUCGAAGAAGCAUUGAAAUUUAUUGAAAAAAAUCGCUUGGUAACAUUAAUCUUUGAAAAGGCCUACUGCGAAUACCGGCUAAAUAAACCAAAUUUGGCUUUAAAGACCAUCGAUGAUGCAAAUUUGCCUGUUUUGCCUCCGAAUCUUAAGGAGUUGCGUACUCAAGUUUUGUAUCGUUUGGAACGUUAUGACGAAUGUUUCGAGUCAUAUAAAGAUAUCAUUAAGCAUACCAAUGAUUAUUACGAAGACGAACGACGCACUAAUUUUAAAGCGGUAGCAGCUAAUUUAGCUUUAGAUACCAACAAUGUGAUACCAGAAAUACCGGAAGAUACUUAUGAACAAUACUUUAACGGAUCUUUCAUAUUGUCGAUUCGUCAAAGGUAUUCAGAAGCUGAAAAAAAAUUGCGCGUUAGUGAGAAGUUGUGCAGAGAAAGUUUAGAGGAAGACGGCGCCUCUGAAGAAGAGAUCAGGGAAGAAAUGGACAUCAUUAAGGUUCAAACUGCUUAUUGUAUGCAAAUGCAAGGCAAAACCAAAGAAGCUGCUGCAAUUUAUGCGGACGUGUUACGCAACAAACCGAAAGAUCCCGCUCUUAUUGCUGUGGCCAGCAAUAAUUUGGUAGUAAUUAAUAAAGAUCAACAUGUUUUUGAUUCGAAAAAAAAGAUACGUGCUGCCAUGGCAGAUGCUUGUGAGCACAAAUUGACGGCACGACAGAAAAAAGCUGUUGCUCUUAAUAAUUGUCUUCUAGCAUUGUUUACCAACGCCAGUGAUCAGAUACAUCAAAUAAGCACGAAGUUAGCGGAACAAUAUCCUGAUAUGUGCUUUCAGUCUCUACUUAUCAGAGCCGUUCAAUUCACCAAGGAUAAGAAGCACAAAGAGGCCGUAGAAUUGCUUCAAAAGCACGCAGCUAGUACUGCGAAUAAAGAAGAAGCUUUUGCCAGCAAAUUCGCUAUCGUCCAAUUUUUACUUGUUCAAGGUGCCCGUAAGGAAGCUAUAGAUGUUUUAUUAUCUUUGGGCGAGGCCAAAUAUAAACCCGGGAUAGUGUCGGCCCUGGUCACUUUAUAUUUGGGUAUGAAUAAUAAACCAGCUGCAUCUGAAUUGCUGCGCACUGCCGUUGAUUGGUAUAAGAAGAACAAUGUAAGUAGCGGCGAUUUGUCUGAUAUGUGGCGUCAGGCUGCUGAAUUUCAUUUACGAGGAGGAGCCACGGAAACUGCUGCUAGCUCUUUAGAGGAAUUACUCAAAUUGAAACCCAACGACGUGAGAGUUUUGGCUCAACUGGUUAUAGCCUAUGCUCAGUGUAACCCACAGAAAGCUUUAGAGGUAAGCAAAAAAUUACCUAAACUGGAGACUCUUACCACAGCUUCCGAAAUCGAUGCAUUGGAAGCGGCCAACUGGGUAAUGUCCACCAAAGCCGCGAAGAAAUCGGCAAAUGCGAAAAUUGACCAGUCGCCUGGCACGCCAGUGGUUGAAAAGAAAAAGUGUCAUAAACGGAAGCGGAAAGGCAAACUACCCAAAAAUUACAAUGCUGAGAUACCACCAGAUCCCGAAAGAUGGUUGCCGAAGUAUGAACGCACUGGUUUCCGCAAGAAACGUGACCGCCGCGCCAAGGAUAUUAUUAAAGGCUCUCAGGGCAUGUCCAGCCAAGCAGCUGAGCAAUAUGAUAUGUCUAAUCGGGCUAACCUGAAUAAGAGUUCGCCAGCUACUCCAGCUUAUCAGGAGCCUACUCCAGGACCACGUCAACAGCACCGUAAAGGUGGGCAAAAAAAAAGAAAAGGUGGCCGUUUUUAAAAAGAAACAUUCAUCGGUAUUCCUUUGGUCUCUUUUUAUGUAAUUUAAUUAAAAAUGCAAUUAAAUUUA